UGUCCAGUUCAUCAUAUGAUCCCAGAGCAUGACGCAGAAAGCGACGCCAUUAGGAGGGGGGGUUGAGAGGGGAGAGCAGAGCGAACCAGCCAGCUGAGGGUGGGGGAAAUCAGUUUGGUCUACAAAGAGCUGGGCGAGUGAAAAUUGGUUCCUAUUCUGAUUCGCCAGGAGGAUUCGUGUCCUCGACUUAUUGAUUUCGAUUUGACACAUCUCAUGUGAUUAGAGGGACAUACAUUCGACUGGGCUACUUAUAUUCCUAAUCAUAUCUAUUUCACCAUGGCGGCUGGCGGCGGAGCGGGUAACAAAACCUACUCUUUCAAGGUGGUUUUGUUGGGAGAGGGUUGUGUCGGCAAGACCUCGCUCGUGUUGCGGUAUUGUGAAAAUAAAUUCAACGACAAACACAUCACCACACUUCAGGCCUCCUUCCUCACCAAGAAGCUCAACAUCACAGGGAAGAGGGUGAACCUGGCCAUAUGGGAUACAGCAGGUCAGGAGCGGUUCCACGCGUUAGGUCCCAUUUACUACAGAGACUCCAACGGAGCCAUAUUGGUCUAUGACAUCACAGAUGAGGACUCAUUCCAGAAGGUGAAAAACUGGGUCAAAGAAUUGAGGAAAAUGUUGGGGAAUGAGAUUUGUUUAUGUAUAGUAGGUAAUAAAGUAGAUCUGGAGAAGGAGAGACAUGUAUCAGUUGAAGAGGCAGAAGGGUAUGCAGAGUCGGUGGGGGCAAAACACUAUCACACAUCAGCCAAACUAAACAAGGGGAUAGAAGAACUCUUCCUUGACUUGUGUAAAAGAAUGAUGGAGACGGCCCAAGCAGAGGAGAGGGCGAAGGGUAACGGAGCCAGCCAGUCAACAACAUCACGAAGGGGGGUACAGAUCGUGGACGAUGACCCUCAAGCCGCCACGGCCGCAGGGGGCUGCUGCUCAUCCGCUUAACCCUCCACGUCCCAACUUACCCCCCCCCAUGUCCCAACCCCCCCACCUCUAUGUCCCAACUUACCCCAUCCUCCCCCUUCCCCCCCCUUAAGCAACCAGGACUGUUGCCUCCCCUCUCAUCUCCCUCCUUAUCACAUGAAGACUGCUGUUCUCCCUCUGAGUCAUCAUCCACUUUACUCACUACACUUCUCCCUCUAUGGAACAAUGUGCUUAUAUACCAUUCUUUAUACUGUAAUAUUCAUUCAUUGGCCCCCCCCUCCUGACCCAUCCAUAUGAGACCUCUGACCCCCUCCUGACCCAUCCAUAUGAGACCUCUGACCCAUCCAUAUGAGUCCUCUGACCCCCCCCCCCUGACCCAUCCAUAUGAGACCUCUGACACCCCCCCUGACCCAUCCAUAUGAGACCUCUGACCCCCCCCUGAUCCAUCCAUAUGAGACCUCUGACACCCCCCCCCCCCCCCGACCCAUCCAUAUGAGACCUCUGACACCCCCCCUGACCCAUCCAUAUGAGACCUCUGACCCCCCCCCCCUGACCAUCCAUAUGAGACCUCUGACACCCCAUCCUGACCCAUCCAUAUGAGACCUCUGACCCCCCCCUGAUCCAUCCAUAUGAGACCUCUGACCCCCUCCUGAUCCAUCCAUAUGAGACCUCUGACCCCCCCCCCCCCCCUGAUCCAUCCAUAUGAGACCUCUGAGUGAUGAAGAGAACAUGGAAGGAAUGACUCUGCCUCUCCUCCCGUCUUUCUACAAACUAGCAGAUGGACUUCUAGCACACUAGUGUGAAAUACACACUCACACACUGUCCCCACCUCUCUCAAAUGAACACAAACCACCAGACUGUACUAAAUUAUAAAUCAUAAACAGUCAUACCCCAGAUGUGAGGAUAAUGUGCAUGACGGGGAGAUCCGUCUCUGAAGGCUUCAUUUUGUUUCACUUUAGAGAGAGAAGAAAAGAACAACCUGAUCUUUCUUUAUUGUUGAUAAACUAAUGUACAUGUUGUAUGGAAAUGUGUCCAAGCCCUUGGUACUGCUUCUUCUUCUGUGGUGGUGAAGUGGUGAAAGCCCUUUGAUUCCAUCAUCCAGCUCUUUUCUUGGCCUGUGUUCUUUAAGCCUCUCGGUAGGAGUCCCACCUGUGGUCUUUAAGCUUCUCGGUAGGAGUCCCACCUGUGUUCUUUAAGCCUCUCGGUAGGAGUCCCACCUGUGUUCUUUAAGCUUCUCGGUAGGAGUGCCACCUGUGGUCUUUAAGCUUCUCGGUAGGAGUCCCACCUGUGUUCUUUAAGCUUCUCGGUAGGAGUCCCACCUGUGUUCUUUAAGCCUCUCGGUAGGAGUCCCACCUGUGUUCUUUAAGCUUCUCGGUAGGAGUCCCACCUGUGGUCUUUAAGCCUCUCGGUAGGAGCCCCACCUGUGGUCUUUAAGCCUCUCGGUAGGAGUCCCACCUGUGUUCUUUAAGCCUCUCGGUAGGAGUCCCACCUGUGUUCUUUAAGCCUCUCGGUAGGAGUCCCACCUGUGGUCUUUAAGCCUCUCGGUAGGAGUCCCACCUGUGGUCUUUAAGCCUCUCGGUAGGAGUCCCACCUGUUGUCUUUAAGCUUCUCGGUAGGAGUCCCACCUGUGGUCUUUAAGCUUCUCGGUAGGAGUCCCACCUGUGGUCUUUAAGCUUCUCGGUAGGAGUCCCACCUGUGGUCUUUAAGCCUCUCGGUAGGAGUCCCACCUGUGUUCUUUAAGCCUCUCGGUAGGAGUCCCACCUGUGGUCUUUAAGCCUCUCGGUAGGAGUCCCACCUGUGUUCUUUAAGCCUCUCGGUAGGAGUCCCACCUGUGUUCUUUAAGCCUCUCGGUAGGAGUCCCACCUGUGUUCUUUAAGCCUCUCGGUAGGAGUCCCACCUGUGUUCUUUAAGCCUCUCGGUAGGAGUCCCACCUGUGGUCUUUAAGCCCCUCGGUAGGAGUCCCACCUGUGUUCUUUAAGCCUCUCGGUAGGAGUCCCACCUGUGUUCUUUAAGCUUCUCGGUAGGAGUCCCACCUGUGUUCUUUAAGCCCCUCGGUAGGAGUCCCACCUGUCUCUGUAACCUUGUUGAUUUAAGUUCUAAAAGACUAAACUGAUCCUAGAUCAGCGUUUCUGCUCUGAGACCCUUUAAGAAUACAGGCAUUGUGCUUUUUCAACAACAACAACAACAACAUGGCAGUUCUCUCUUCCCCUCCUCUCUCCUGAUCUUUCUCUCUGAUUUAAAAUGCAGGUGUUUUGCACUGACCCGUCACUAUCAAUGCUUUUGUUCCACUGUGUUUUCUUCCUGUUUGCCGAGUUGCUCUGUGAAAAAUGUAAAUGACACAAAAAAAAUACAUUGUUAAAAAAACAACCCAAAAAGUAACGUAUGAAUAACGCUGGAUGUUUUAUCUGCUUUUUACAAGCUUUGGGGAAACGAUACGCAGGUGUAGAAAAGUGUACAAUAGUCUUGUUUAAUGAUUGUAAAAUGAAAUAACAAUUGUGGAUGAAAGCACACUUUCUGGAAUUGUAAUUUUUUUAAACUGCUAGUGUCGUGUGUUUUAUAAUAGAACAAUUAUAACUAUUUACAACAC